UCGCAAGACAUCGACGGAUCGCGACGCAACCGAACAGUUCUCUCCUUGACUGCACGCCGAGACAGACACUCGACCACCAACAAGAUGGAAGAGCAAGUAGAACGAUUGGUGAAUAAGACAUGGGAUACAUUUCAAAGCCUACCCGCGAGCAAGAGAUGGCUCAUCGCAGUGAGCGGUAUACCCGGCUCAGGCAAGACAACCCUCGCCGCCCAAGUUGCCGACAGUCUCAACGACCGCUGGCGUAAAGGCAGUCCCGCCCGCGAAGGCUCCAACGCCGCCAUCGCGACCUUCCUUCCCAUGGACGGCUACCACCUCACCCGCGCCCAGCUCUCCGCCCUCCCCGACCCAGACACAGCCCACGCACGCCGGGGCGCAGCGUUCACAUUCGACGCACCCGCAUUCCUCGCAUUGGUGAAGAAGCUUCGCGCUCCGAUAUGUCCUGAGACCGGCACAAUCUACGCGCCGAGCUUCGAUCACGCGAAGAAGGACCCUGUGGAGGAUGAUAUACCGAUCAGGAAAGAGGCGAGGUUAAUCGUGAUGGAGGGCAAUUAUCUAAGCCUUGGGACGGGCGCGGAGGAGUGGAAAGAGGCGGCUGGGUUGAUGGAUGAGCUGUGGUAUGUGGAUGUGGACGCGAGUGUGGCUAGGGAGAGGUUGAUUGCUCGGCAUAUUAAGAGUGGGCUUGCGGAGGAUAGGGAGCAGGCGGCGAAGAGAGCAGACGAGAAUGACCUCGUCAAUGGGAGGGAGAUUGUGGAGGGUAGGGUGGAGGUCCAUGAGGUUAUUGUCAGCCAGGACGAUCGGGAUUGGAGGCCGGAGGAGCAGGGUGUGGUUGCGGAGGAGACUGGUUGAUGAGGCUCGCAAGGACUUAUAGCGACCUUUGCUCUCAGCAACUUCGACCUUACACAAAUG